UGCAGCGUCGAAUACAGAGGUGCUCAAACAUGGCAACUGAAAGCAUAGAAAAAGCUCUCCAAACAAUAUGUCAAGGAAACCAAAAGUUUACCUUCAAUAUUUAUAAGAUUCUCUCAGAAGUCAAAGGUAACCUGUUUUUCUCCCCAACAAGCAUGCAGAUAAUUUUAGCUCUUGUACAUCUUGGUGCAAAGGGUAAGACUGCUCAGGAGAUUGCAGAUGGCUUAUUUCUUCCAUCUGAUAAGGAGACUAUUGAGAAUGGAUUUAGAGAAUUAACAAAUUGUUUGCAGGGGUCUGAUGACAUAGUGCUUGAAGUAGCCAGCAAGGUUUAUGCACAAGCAAGUUUUCCAAUUAAAGAAGAGUUCAGAGCAUCUGCUGCAAAAUUUUUUGCUGAAGCUGAAGAAGUUGAUUUUAUCAAUGAAACAGAGAAAUCUAGAGUAAAAAUCAAUGAGUGGAUAGAGAACAAGACAAACAAAAAGAUAACAGAGUUGUUCCCUGGAGGUUCUUUGAGCCAGAUGACUUGCCUGGUGCUUGUAAAUGCAAUUUACUUUAAAGGCCUGUGGGAUAUCCCAUUCAAGAAAGAUGACACAUCCCCCAUGCCUUUCCAUGUUUCUGCAAUUCAGAAGAAAACUGUAGAUAUGAUGAAACUAAAGAAAAACUUAAUGUAUACAGAGGCAAAACAACUUGAAGCUCAAGUUUUGAAGCUCAAUUACAAGGGGAGCCAGUUGAGCAUGGUGAUACUCUUGCCAAAGAAGAAUAAUGGUCUUAAGAAAUUAGAAGCAAAGCUUGCAUCUUUGAAUCUAGCUGAUAUUCUGGAUGAAAUGUAUGAAGUUAAAGUGGAGGUCUACUUACCCAAAUUCAAACUGGAACACAAAAUAGAUCUGAGAGAUACUUUGGAGAAACUUGGUAUGAAGACUAUGUUUGAUCCAUGUAAAGCAGAUCUCACUGGUAUAAAUGACUCACAACCUGGCCUUGUUGUUAGCUGCGUCUUACACAAAGCUUUCAUAGAAGUAAAUGAGGAAGGCACUGAAGCUGCAGCAGCAACUGGUGCUGAAAUUGUUCUACAGUCUCUGCGAACAACUAUACCUCACCCUGUUGUGUUCAAAGCUGAUCAUCCAUUCCUGUUUCUUCUCAUAAGUAUUGUUAACAAAGCUAUCCUUUUUAUUGGAAGAGUUCAGGAUGUAGAAUCAAGCAAUCCAGAAGGUCUGGGCCCUACCAGUAGCUGUCAGCAUCUGUGACAUGGGUCCCUGUAAGAUCAUGAGGCUUAUAAAAUUCUUGGGAAGCUGCUGUAAUGAAACAGGUCAAUGGCUCAUAUUCUACAUGAAUUGUACUUCUCAAUACACUCAAAUAAACAUAGUACUUGGUAAACAGCUGUCCUUUGAAAAUCAUAAAUUUUUUGGUUAAAUAAGUUGUAAAGUAUUGUUUUGCACAAGUAAAAAUAUAAA